UUGGCUUGUUUUAGUUUGUGAUGCUUUUGAAAUAAAGGAUGGUUCCUUUCUUGGCAAUAUGAAGGUGGUUGGUUCACGAGUAAAAAUCACGUGUCACAAAUAUUUCAAGGAAGUGUCAGGAAAGAUGCAUUCGGUCUGUCAGAGAAAUGGGUCAUGGUCACACUAUCCGAGUUGCAUUCCAAAUUUCAAAUACAUCGGUUGCUUUGAAGAUCGACCAGACAGAAUUCUAUACGAAAGAGAUAUUAGGCCGCCAUUAUUAACAACAGACUUGUGUAUCAGAAUGUGUAUUGAAUAUGAUCAUAAAUAUGCAUUAACAGAGGCCGGUUAUGCGUGUUUCUGUGGUGACACGUUGAAAAACUACCCUCAACAACCGGAGAAUGAAUGCAACAUGCCAUGUCAAGGGAAUCAAAGUGAAAUGUGUGGGGGUUCGUGGAGAGGUUCCCUAUACAGACAUCUUAUCAUUUAA